AUCUACAUUACUAGGCUUUUCCAACGGCACACUUACAGGAGGGCGCAAAACAGAGGUUAGCGCGAAUGCGCGCUCUCCGGUAAAUUGUAUUACUUCUGGAGGCUACCUAGCAACAUGGCUGCGCCAAAUCUUAUCACGCCUCUUAGGGACAUUUGCGUGAAGGUUGUCGCAGCAAACUUUGAGGGCUGCCCUACGUUCGGGCCGUUGCCAGACAAGUAUGUCAAGCGCAUUAUCGAUAUCUUACCAUUAGAUUUGCCACUGGAGCUGGUUGGCUCGCUCAUUGCGGAUGAAGACUACUGGCGGCGGAGGUCGCAAGCCCGGUGGAAGAACUGCGAGGUUGCUGCGCACGGCUACUCGUGGAAGCAGUUGUUCUUUGAGCGCAACCUCAUGGAGUUCCUGGAGCAGUACGACCCCGCGGUGACGGACCUGAGCAGCCUGAAGCGGCUGCUGACCUACAGCCGCCGCUUCGUGCAGACGGUGCACAUCCGGCAGCUGCCCAGCCACCUGGACCUGCAGAUACUGUUCGAGUGCAUGGUCAACACGCCCUCCUCGCUGGCUCUGUCGUACAACCUGAAGGAGGUGGGCAUGGACUACGACCGCUCUCUGUUCGGCAUGAAGCUGUCCGACUGCCGCGCGCUCGCCAAAGCACUGGAGCACACCGAGACGCUCACGCACCUGGACCUGUCCAACAACUCCCUGGACGACGACAAGGUCCGCAUGCUGGCGAGCGGCCUGGUGGAGAACCUUUCCAUCACGCACCUCAACCUCUCACACAACAAGAUUGCGGACCGAGGCGUGCGCGCACUGGCCAAGCUGCUGGAUGGGCAUUCGGUCAUCAGCCUGCUGGAGCUGCACGACAACCAGAUCCACACCGAGGGCGCCAAGAGCCUGGCCCGCGCCUUCAAGAGCAACCAAUGCCUGCUGUCAGUCAACCUGCGCCUCAACCGCAUGGGCGACGAGGGGUGCAAGGCGGUGGUGGAGAGCGUGCGCGGCUCGCCCACACUGCAGCGGCUCAACAUCAGCGCCAACGCCGCGGGGCCGGGCACGGCGGCGGCGGUGGUGGCGCUGCUGCGGCUGAACAACACCCUCACGGAGCUGGACGUCAGCUGCAACCAGUUCGGGGAGGACGCGUGCGGCAACGUGCGGCGCGCGCUGGAGCAGAACGGCUCUGUGCGGUUAAUGGACGUGCGCAUGACGGGCAUCAACCCAGAUGACGAGAUGGCCAUUGCGGAGAACCUGCGCGCGCGGCAAGAGCGUGUGGACAAGGCGCGCGUGCUCGGCAAAUAGCGGCCGGUGUCCGGGGCGAGAGGGGACAUUGUGACUGCCUGAAGGCGUGCAGGGUGUGACGUGUGAAUUCUUUGCUGGGAGUUACGACUCUGGCUCUGUGGUGGUGUGGGUUGUGCUGGUGGGGAAGCGGGAAGUGGUGCUCGUUUGGGUGACUUGCGGUGUGUAUGGAUGCACAACAAGGAUGGAUGCGCGCCGAAGGCUAUGAAGGUUUGGAACUUUGGAUGCCGGCUGGACCCUGGCAGCCGCACCGGCACAGUGCACCAUGUAUCGACAGGGGUGGUCCGUGGCUGGCACGCGUGGCUAGAAAGGCACAUGAAGCGCCGUAAGCACUCGUGCGGAAAGCAACGCAGCUGUGAGGGCCUGCGAGACGCGGUGCGGGAUCGCCCCAUUAACUUCGAAGCGCGGGAUUAGGGCGGGGGCACCUGACGUGGUGUCCGGGUUAUCUCGGCCAGGCCGUCAGGGUCUCAGGGAUUUGCAGGUGGUAGGCGUGUGUUGCCUUGAUGAGUGGGCGGGCCUCCCGCCCUCCCCUCGUGGAUAUGCUGCAGGUAGCAGGUAGCUGGACCACAGGGAACCACGCAGCGCGCCGGUGCAUUCGGAUUGCUGUCAACCUGAUGUCGGUCU